AUGAGGAGGUUUCUUUUAGCAAAAUGUGCCUCCACAUCUUCACGUUUCCUUAUCCUGCGUCCUGAAGCUACAAUUGAUCCUGAACGCUAUCCACUUGGCUACGUUCCAUUAGAUGAUACUGAACCCAUUGAUGCGGUGUAUUCUCUAAUCAAGGCAGGCCACUUUGUGGCUCCCCUAAACACUAUCGAAACCAUUCAUAAAGUCUAUAUUGGUGUUCGAAGUUUGUGUCAAUCUGAAUAUCCUUUGGUGGCUCCUCAAGAUGUUGUUAGUUCUCAAGCGAGAGAAAGGGAAAUGAUGAGUCGUAUUUUAAUACGGCGUGAUUUCUGGACGUUGGAAGACUUCAACGAUGCGGAACUGAAUCAAAGUUUUGGGGUUCAAAAUUAUUAUUUUGAUAACUACAAAUGGUCACAGUUUCUUUGGAGACGAUUCCAGCUUUUUGUUGAAGAAUACUACCCUAUCUCCGAGCAUUCUCAUUUGAAAUAUGUGGAGUAUGUUGAGUUGAUCAAAAGCUUUUUUGCGUUUGAGGAGGGUGCGUCCGUCGCUCCAUUGCUUCCUAAAGCCGUUAAACUUCACCCGCCAUAUGGAAUCAUGUUGCCUUCCCGUCCUUCGCUCGAACCAAUUAUAUUACUCAAGCGCUGGUUAACAAAUUUUAGGUCUACCUUAGGACUUAACCGAGCUUUAGUUGUGCACUGUGGUGCAGGGGUGGUGCCUUUUGCGGUUAAAUUUUGUAAUGUGCCGAUCGUUCGUGGUGUAGAUCCACAUCCUCGAGCAAUAUCCAGUUGCAGAAAGGAUGCUACGACACACCACAAGCUAGCGGGUAUGAGUUUUCAGACUGCCGAGCUGUUUCCUCAAGAGGAUCGAAACCCAAGAAAAUACGACAUGAUUGUAUUCUAUCCCGAUGAAGAAAUUGUGUCCUCAUUUACUGACUAUACUAGUAUAUUUGCUCCUGGUAUGCAGGGGGUUGCUGGAAAAUUAGAGGAAUUUUUUGAAAAGGCUUCAGACUUUCUAACGGACACGGGGGUAAUCGUCAUUUGCUGCACCAACCUGCGUUCGAUUUUAAAUUCGUCGGAGCCGCAUCCUAUUGAGUAUGAAAUCAAACAAAAUCGUCGGUUUGUACUAUUAGAUUACUAUGAUGCCCCAAUACGCUAUGGUGGCUUUCUUCGCCAUCAGUUUUUGGGUCCCAAGGUUUCAAUGAUAUCGGAUUUGAAAAGAAAAAUGCGUUCCGAGUUGUGGAUAUUACAUAAACUUACCUCAAUACACAACUUUGGGUUCUUCCAUCAAAUUCCUGGCGCGAAACCACCACCACACAGUCAUGAUUGGGGUAGGAAGAAAGCAAGUUUCAAGCGUCAAAAACACCUGAAGAAUUACGUUGAGAUGCUUGGCGGGGAUUGGGAUGACUAUAAAAAACGCUUAAUGCACAUGCUACAGGAGGCAACGGAUGAACCAGAGGAUGAUAUUGCUGAGGCGGUUCGCAUGGCAUUGGAUCCGACCUAUCCUCUCGAGCUUUCUCAGCGUGCCAAGGCUACGAUUGAACAAAACUUGAAGGAAAAGGAGCGUUUCGACCUCCAAGUGUUUGAGGAUUAUAUUGACAAGUCACCAAGAGAAUCAUUCGAUUCCAAAGUCUUGUAG